AUGCAAGAUUUUAAGGAUCUUGGUGACAAACAGGAAAUCGAUAUAUCCGAAAUGAUUUCAAAAUUGAAUACGGAUCAAAGACGAGUAUUUGAUAGAGUCACUAAUAUCAUAUCAUCAGGUAAACUACUACGAUUGUAUGUUAGUGGAGAAGGAGGUACUGGCAAAAGUUUUUUAAUUAAAACAUUCAAAUGUUGGUUAAAACAAAAUCUCAAGAAGGAUACUGCCGUAGCAGCACCUACUGGUAUAGCAGCGUUUAAUAUAGACGGUUUGACAGUUCACAGAUUAUUGCAAUUACCCGUUGAGCAUGGCCAUACUCCUAAGUAUAAGCAAUUAGCUAACCACGUUUUGAAAGUUUUACAAGCAGAUCUUAAAGAUGUUAGUCUUAUUAUAAUUGACGAAGUGUCAAUGAUUUCUAAUUUAGUUCUUAUGUAUAUCUUACGACUAUCUGAUAUAUACAAUACUACUGAUUGUGAUGGUUGGUUCGGUCAAAAGCACAUUCUUUUAUUUGGAGAUCUGCUUCAGUUAUCUCCUGUACAUGAAGAUUCUGCCUUUAUACAAUUAAUAGCUGAGAACAUUCGUAAAUAUCUUGGUUCUUUAAGUGCUACUAAUCUCUGGACUUUGUUUGAUUAUGAUGAACUGACAAUCAAUAUGCGCCAGCAAGGAGACGGAUUUUAUCGUGAGUUACUUUCCAGAAUUCGCGUUGGUUUAUUAACACCAUCUGAUUAUGAUGUUCUUGAAAAAAAAUCAUUUAAAAGUGAGUCUUUUGAAACAAGAUUAAGCGAAUUAUGUGAUUUUAUUAAUAAUUUAUCAUCUGAUACUGUUUGUUUAUUACCUACAUGUCACAUGUGUAACGAAUUAAACGCUGCAAUAUUAAGUCGUAUUACUUCGAAAGAAAUACUUUUAAUUGCUGAGGAUACGAUUGAUUGUAUUUCAUAUAUGAAAAAAAAAGUAACAAAGGUAUUGUCAAAUAUUGAUGAUGAUACUAGAACAGCUGGACUUUCAAAACGAAUUACAAUUAAAAUUGGAGCGAAAGUUAUGAUAAGACGUAAUAUUGAUGCUAGUUUGGGUCUUGUAAAUGGUACAAUUGCUACAGUUGUAUCAGUUAUGCAGGAUAAAACUAUAGAAAAGAUAAAAGUUCUUUUACUGUCCGGUUUAGAGUAUUUUAUUGAAAGAGUAAGUGUUAAAUUUCCAUUAAUGGAUAGAAUUUACGUUAUUAGAAAACAAUUUCCAUUAUGUUUGAGUUAUGGUAUUACCAUUCAUAAAAGUCAAGGUUUGAGUUUACAAAAUGCUGUUAUGGAUCUAGGUAACAAUAUAUUUAAUUACGGUCAGGCUUAUGUUGCAUUAUCUCGAGUAACAUCUCUUGAUGGAUUGCAUUUAAUUAAUUUUGAUCCUUCAUCCGUGUUUGCUAGUGAAAAAGCUAUUAUAGAAUAUAAUCGAUUGAAACGAAUACAUAAUUCAGAAUCAGAAAUGAUCACUGUUUCAAAACAGUGUUAUCGUAGAGUUAAAGAUGUUUCGUGGAUAUUGUCGAAAAUGGUUUCCUCCGUUCAAGAAUCGGGUCAAAAAGCUCCAUUAAAAAGUACUGCUUAG